AUGAGCAGCAGUGAAGAGGUUUCGUGGAUUCUGUGGUUCUGCGGACUGCGUGGAAAUGAGUUCUUUUGUGAAGUCGAUGAGGAGUACAUACAGGAUCGCUUCAAUCUGACGGGCCUUAGCGAGCAGGUUCCAGACUAUCGUCAGGCGCUUGACAUGAUACUCGAUCUGGAGCCGGAUGAUGAGCUGGACAACAAUCCCCGUGAAUCAGACAUCAUAGAACAGGCCGCGGAAAUGCUCUACGGCCUCAUUCACGCUCGCUACAUCCUCACAAACAGGGGCAUCAUGCUGAUGGGCGAGAAAUGGUUACAGGGUGACUUCGGCUACUGUCCAAGGGUAAGGGUUCCCACUUUUUUUAUGUGUUUUUAUUAUUUAUCCUCACGGUGA